AUGGGACCCCGCAGCCGCAGGGGCGGAAGGGAUACUGAGAUAUUCUCAAAAAAUGCAUCGCAGCUCGCUCAUCUGGUUAGAGUUGUUUCCAGGAAAGGCAGUGAAGACGAUCACUUCUGGAACCAAGUUACAAGGCGACUUAUAUACAUCAUCGAUACAAUCAGUACUAAACAACUAUCCUAUAUAGCAAAUGGAUUGGCGAAGGCACGAGUUGCCGACCCAGAAACCUGGAAUUCAAUUGUAAAACGACACUACCAGUUGCAGAAGGAGUAUGACGUUAAGGAUAUGGUACUUAUGGCCAAUGCCUUGGCUAAGGUGAAAUGUGUCGAACAUGAAGUGUUCCAGAAUAUAGUCCACAGAAUAAAAGAUGCUGGCACAACCGUGCCUCCAAGGUACAUCGCCGUAUUGGUCAACUCCAUGGCUGUGGCGGGUUACAGAGACACCACACUUGUGGACUCCCUAUUGGAACAGCUGAACUUGGAGGCUUCACAGAUGUCGGUAGUCUCGAUCGCAAUACUUCUCGAUGGGUUGUAUAACUUAAGGCAUCGCAAUAGAAAAGUUUUGGCAUGCCUCGCCGAGAGGCUCAAAAACGUCCUUACGCAUCCCAAGGGAGAAGGUGUAUCACGGCACAAUGAAGCACAUAUUGCAGCAACCAACUCCUCCGACGUGUCAUAUCGUAUACGAACCCAUGAAUACAUGUCUGAGGUACAAAACACAUCCGAUAAGGCAAUGUUUGAGCAGGACACUGACACUACAGCAUCACACGUAUCGCAAAACAAGGCAACACAAGAAGACGACGGAUCCGUAACUUCCACCCGAAUAAGCACGCAACAGUUGGUGUUGAUCCACCGAGCUUAUUCACAAUUCGCGUUUUACGACAAAAAGCUAUUCGAUCUCUUAUUCAGACAGAUGGAGAUCCUAAGGAAUAAGUUAAAACCGCUGGAGAUUGUCAUGAUUGCUAAUUCAAUGGGGAAAUCAAAGCUUCAUAACAAGAGCAUCAUAGAACUCUUGUGCAAAAAAGUCAUCGCAAAUAAAUCAGGAUACACAAUGGACAUGAUAACAGUGUUUUUACACGGCAUAUGCCUCCCUCGUGAUAAUAAUAGGGGUAUGAGAUUACAGUGGAAAAUAUGGAAACAUGCAGAAUUUUUCACCCAAAUGUUCGAGGCUGUUAUUCAAAAUGCUUUCGACGGCGACAUAAACGCAAAACAUUGCUUGACAAUGCUGCAAAUUAUGACCAAGGUUUGA